GGGUUGGGGGUGUGUCUCUCCUGCGCUCCCUUCCCGGGGCGGGAAAUCCGGGCCGGGUUGUGGCCGCGGCCGCGUACGUGAGCGCUGUGUCCCGGCGAAAGGCUGGCCAGGUGGGCGCGCACGGAGCCAAGGCGGGCAGGCAGGCUGCGCGGGGCCGGGCCGGCGGCGCUGGACGAAGAGAGCAGCGCGGUAACUUCUCACGCUCGGAGGACUCCCGAGGGGCGCGGGGUGGUCGGAGGCCCUGCACGGCCAGGUACAGAAGGCAAAAUGGCAAGUGUACUGUCACGGCGCCUUGGCAAGCGAUCCCUCCUGGGAGCCCGAGUGUCUGUCCCCAGUGCCUCUGGAGAUAGCCUGGCAGCAUCAGUCCAGCCCUCAGGCUCACAUGCUGAGCUGGUUGGGGUGGCUACCCAGCCUUUCCCUGCCUAUAAGGACAGCCACUGCCAGGAACAUCCUAAGGAGAACCUCAUGACUUCUGGUGUUCCAGGUCUACAGCAGGUGGUGUUCCAGCCAGGACAGAAGGUCUGUGUGUGGUAUGGAGGCCAGGAGUGUAUGGGAGUGGUGGAGCAGCACAGCUGGGCAGAAGAUAAGGUGACAGUUCUGCUGUUGGACCAAAAAUUGCAAAUCUGCUGCAAAUCAGAGGAGGUGUGGCUGCCAGAGCUGAAGUGCUCCGUGCCUCAGCCAGCACCAACCGUGGAUCAGGGAGCACCUGCUGGGGCGUACAGAUCGGUCUCCAGGAACAUUGAUGUCCCAAAGAGGAAGUCAGAUGCAGUGGAGAUGGAUGAGAUGAUGGCGGCAAUGGUCCUGACAACUCUGUCUUGCAGCCCAGUAGUGCAAAGUCCUCCUGGCAUUGAGUGCAAUUUACCUGUAUCCCGAGCAGCCUGUGACCCAUGGAAGGAGAGUGGGGAUGUGUCAGAUAGUGGCAGCAGCACCACCAGUGGGCACUGGAGUGGGGGCAGUGGGAUCUCGACCCCUUCACCUCCCCACCCUCAAGCAAGCCCCAAAUAUUCAGGCGAGGCUUUUGGUUCACCAAAAGCUGACAAUGGCUUCGAGACAGAUCCUGAUCCUUUCCUGAUGGAUGAGCCAGCCCCACGAAAGAGAAAGAACUCAGUGAAAGUUAUGUACAAGUGUCUGUGGCCAAACUGUGGCAAAGUCCUACGCUCCAUUGUGGGUAUUAAGAGGCAUGUCAAGACCCUCCACCUGGGGGACAGUGUGGACUCUGACCAGUGGAAACGGGAGGAAGAUUUUUACUACACAGAGGUGCAGAUGAAGGAGGAAGCUGCUGCUGUGGCAGUGGCUACUCCCGAGACAGUUCCUGUCCAGAGUCUGACCAACCCUCCCCUUGCCAUCUUACCACCACCCCUGCCCCAAGCAGAGUCGUUAGUCCUGGAACACCCGGUCUUGGAACCUUACUUGCCCACUGGUGCUCUCAGCAAGUCAGCCCCUGGCUCCUUUUGGCACAUUCAGGCUGACCAUGCAUACCAGGCACUACCAUCAAUCCAGAUCCCAGUAUCUCCACACAUAUACACCAGCAUUAGCUGGGCUGCUGCCACUUCCACUAUCCCAUCCCUCUCUCCGGUCCGGAGCCGGUCACUAAGCUUCAGUGAACCCCAGCAGCCACCACCCACGUUGAAAUCCCACCUGAUUGUCACAUCACCACCCCGAUCACAGAGCAGCACCAGGAAAACCCGUGGAGAAGCCAAGAAGUGCCGUAAGGUGUAUGGCAUUGAGCAUCGGGACCAGUGGUGCACAGCUUGUCGGUGGAAAAAGGCCUGUCAACGGUUCCUGGAUUGAACUUGUUGAACCUGCUCAUCUUCUUACUUCCCUGGCCCCAGAGCCUACCCCUCAGGCCCUGACCUGGCAGCCUAGAGGAGGAGGUGAUGCAGGAGAGUCUCCUGAGCCUCCAGCAGCAACCUAAAGAUUCAAGUUCAGAUUUUGAGUGUGGGAUGUAUUGGUCAAGGUUUAACUUUUUUCCCUUUUUUCUUUUUUUUUCUGGGGAUGCUUUAUUUUGUUUUUGGCAACUCAAAGGAAAUGAGAGAAUUUUUCCUUCCUAUUGGUCACAGAAAACAGGAGAAUGUCAGAGCCAGUGAUUAGUGUGCUCUGUAGUGACCCAGAGACCAAAGAAUUAUUUUCUUUUUUCCUUCUGCUAUUUCUCCCCCCUAUGCUGGGGCAGAUUCUUCUGAUGCUCAUGGAAGGAGCAGCUCUGUUGAUACUGCUGCUGAGUUGACAGAGUCUCUCAGAAAUUGGACUUCUUGGUGCCCAGUAGAGGCAGGAUGAAUUUUUUAAAAAGUGACUCCACUGGCCUCAUCAGAAAAGGAGGCUCUGAUGCUGAUAGAAAUGGGAGGUCAAGAGAAAAGGGUGCUUGGGCAUUUGACCAAGUGCAUUCUUCGAUCCAUCAGACUUCAAGAGAAGAAAACAUUUAUCCUUUUUCAUCAAGCAGCAUCCAUGGAAACAAAAGGACAACUUAUCUUUUAGUCAUACAUCUGUUCAAGCUAUUUUAAUCUGGGUUUUUUUAGAUUUUGGGUUUUACCCCAGACUAUCCUAUUUGGCUCUUGAAAGUCCUGCCUAAUGGAUUUUUAAGAGUCUCCAAACCAAGUUAGACUGGAGGGUAAUAGUGACUUCCCACAUUUCAAAGGGUGAAUUGACACUACUUUGAUUUUUUAAAUGUUAUUUUUCCAUUUCAAUGAGGAAAUGCUGGAGGUUGUUCUAGCCUCUCCUGAAACCUCUACUGCCACCCAAAAUGAAAUCCUUUUAUCUUUUACCCCUCUCAUUAUAGAAAUAAGUCACAUUAAAACAAAAGAAACCUUUUCAGGGUUUUUUGUUCUUAUGUUUUAUUUUGCGAAACUCUUUUCCCUUUUUGAUCCUUAAGAGAUCAUAGUAGGUUUCUCAACUUUUCCCAUUCUCAUUGUGGACAGUUUUUUCCCCUGGCCUCCCAUUUCUCCCAGCUGCUGGAGGUAUGACUGGUUCUAGUAGGAAGGGGGCAAUUGGGGGAGGAUUAGGUGAAGAGAAUAGAUGAUCAAGACAGGUGGCAACUUAGGAAUGGGGAAAGAAAUUGAGGGUCCCUAAAUUUUACUCUUGUCUUAUUCGCCUCCCUGAGAAAGAACAAUUCUGAUAUCUAGGGUCAGCAUCCCAUGAAUUCCCAAGCUUAUUCAGUAGAACUCUUUAUUCUGUUACCUGUGCUUUGUCAAGGCCAUGUGGAGGCAUGGGGCCAGCCACUGCAUGCCAUCCUUGAAACUUGCAAAGCCCAGUUCCUAAAGCUGAUGGUAGGUAAGGGUGGGAGGUGGAGGGGCAAAGGGAAUUCUAAGAGAUGUGGAAUGAGAGUUCUAGGACUCAUGUGAAGGCCAUGUGGGAUGGACCUAGGGACCACUGGAAUUUAAGUUCCUUAAAGGUCUUUGGGGACCAAAAUCCUUAGCUGCAGUGCCUUGCUUCUAGAGGUAGAUGAGCAAAAAUGGUGUAUUUGUAUCCAAGAUUAAGCAUCAGGAGUUUGGGUCACUUGGAGAAUCUGAUAAUGACUUGGCAGAGGCAUGACCUGAGGGGCUAAGGAAGUAAGGUUCAGUUCUUGUGUCCCUCUCAGUUCCUACCUUCACUCAACCUAUUUGACAAAGCCCAGAUAACAGGCAUAUGGUAUUCUCUGGAGUCUAUCCGAAUAGGCCACCCAGUACCUGGUUGCCGUAGGAGGAAACCUGGAUGUACAUUAUAGAAGGCUGAAACUCAGGGAACCAAUGAUACCAAGCCGCCUCAGCUGGGACUUUGUUAGAAUAGUGCCUGCCCCUGGGUUCUAGAGCGAGUUCUCACAUCCUUAUAAACACCCAGCCACCGAAGUUCAUUUACUUGAGUGAACUUUCUAAAAGUGGGAGUUUUGCUUAAAUUUUCUCCUAACAAAACAAAACUGCAAAUGUAGCCAUAGAGAGCAUGAUAUAAUGACUCAUCCAGGCAAGCUGGACUGGGGUGAUAAGGAGGGAGAGAGAAAAUCAGAGAAAAUGCCUUAUGGCAGUGAAAUAUAUUUUUGUAACUUUAUAAAGUGCUUCUAAGUUGGAAUUCUUGUUCCUGGUCAAGCUAGAAACCAGGCAAGGGGGAAAAAAAGGCAGCUUUCUUCCUCCUAUGUGUCUGUUUUGGGUCAAAACUGAAUUUGAGUCCAGAAUAAAACUUUACCUAAUUUCUUUACUUCCCUUUCCUCUGUAUAUGAGAAGAAAAUAUUCCUUGCUUAUUACCUUGAUCACUGACAAAUCCCCCUGAGGCAAAAGGAACAUUUUGAGAAAUGGGAAGAGGUGGACCAACCAUCCUCCCAAGGCCAAAAUGUUCACUGGGCCUGUUCUUUAAAGACAUCAUUGGUAAAAAGUUGCUUCUCAGGGUCUGGAUAAUAUAGACUAGUGAGGCAUGAAGGUUAUCCCUUGGUGAGUUGUUCUUCCAGUGACAUUGGCACAGCAGAACAAAUAGGAGGCAGGAGAAGACACUGAUGGAACUUCAAGAAUAAAAAUCCGAGUCAUUUUCAGUUCUGCUUCUUCUCACACCAUUUUGGAGGUGGCAUGUCUUCUGCAAACCUUUCUGUCAGUCAUACCUCCAUUCUCUUGCCAUCGUGUUUGCUCUUGAUAUUUCAUCUGCCCUUGGGGUAAAAAAAUCUCAAUUAUUUCUCCUCUGUGGGGUUGGUUUGUGAGUUGAUCAAGUAAAAAACAAUGCCUCUUUGCUUCAUCUCUGUCUACUUCUCAGCCUCUCCAGGUGAUGGAUUCUGAUUGUUGGAAGACAGGGUAGAAGGAACACUUCUCAGUAGAAGGCCUCUCAGCAUUUCUUGAGUGUGUGAGGUGUGACUUGGAAUAAUGUUGCUUUUUAAAACAAAACAAAACCUUAAAUGUUCACGUGAACAUUGUCCCUUUCAAAGGAAUCACCUUAAGAGGUGAUGCACUUGUUCCAAUGCUGCUGCUCAAAACAUUUUUGGAACUAAUUCCCCACCCCACCCCUUUUGGCAGUUGUCUUCAGAGUCUCCAUUCUUUUGAAUAUCAGCAGUGGUGAUAAAUCCUUGUCAACUGUGAGUGUGUUCAAUUAAAAAAAAACAAAAGGCAUUUAGAGCCAUGCCUGGAAAAUAAAUUGGGUUAUCAGGCUAGGUGUUACUACUUGUUUAAAAACAAAGUGUGAUUAUAAUGUAAUGAGAGAGAGAGAGAGAGAGAGAGAGAGAGAGAGAGAGUGUGUGUGUGUGUGUGUGUGUGUGUGGUCCUCAUUCAUUUAAAAAACUAUUUAAAAUACAUUUUGGUUUUAUAUUCUCUGUAUUGCCCAGUAUAUCCCUCACCUUCCCACUUCUGAGAUCCAGCCCUUAUAAUGAAGAAUACAAAAUAAAGGGGAAGGAAGUUCAGCAAAACUUAACCAUACACUGAAAAACUUUGCUGUUGUCUGUUAUGUUCCACACCCAUAGUCCCCCACUUCUGCCAGCCCGUUGGAGCCGGUUCUAAAGAAGGAAUUCCAAAAAUAUUUUGAGCAGUGGCAACAUCAUUGAACUGAUUGUAUAGCCUCCCAGUUAAGGAGAACACUCAUUUUAAUGUGUAAAUUCUGGUCCGUUUAAACAAUCAGCUUUGUUCUUUUAUAGUCACACCUUGUGAAAUUAUGACAACCAUCUUAGGGACUUGUAUUUACUAGGGGCAAGGAAGAGAAAAGGGGAGUAAAUCCCAGAUCUGUGAAUUUGUCUUACUGGAGCUUGUUUCCCUUCCCAGCUGUCUUCCAAGUAUUAUUUUUAUUGUUAAAAAAUUUUUAAAUGUGAAAUGUAAUGUUUUUACUGCAGCAAUAUGAAAUAUAUUUUAUAAGGAAUAAAAUGGAACAUUGGCUGA